AUAGUUAGAUAUACAAAAACUCUACUUCUUCAAUACAUACUACCUUCUUGCUUACAAGCACACCACAACAUCACAAAAACAAGAACAAACUUUUGUCGAACAUCCAUGCCCUUCCACAAUCUGUGUCGACGAACUGCAGUUCCUCCUUCCAUCAACGAAUGCACCUCAGACACCGACUCUGUUAGUAAAUGGCCAAACCUAAAGAUCUCUCUCAAGCCGGAAAGAUCAAACUUUCCAAGCUAGAUACAACCUUGGUCAAGGGUUUUGCAAUCUCCAUCUCUUUGCUGCAUUCCUUGUCCAAGGAUUGUAUCGAACUUGGAAAGUUUGAU